GGCGUUUCUUCAACUAAAUAGCACUUGCCACCCCAAUUGCUGACAUCUUUACCGCCCCUGACCGCCUGCUAAAUAAUUAAAAAUAUGGAGCCCUCCAUCCACUAGAUAACUGCUGCGGCAUGGAACUGACGAAUUGUUUUGGAUACAGCUGAUCUGCUUCCUUACUCCCUUUUAAGCACCCUCCUUUUCGAAACGUAACCUAAGACAUCCUCCGCCUUCAGUCCCAUAAUUCGCCUCCUCUAUAACUGUCAGAUCUCCCUCUUUCUAACCAUCUCAUCCAUUCAUCACACCAAGUAAUCAAGCCUUGAACAACACGAUAUAUCUCCAGCCAAAAUGAGGAAAUUCGGCUUCGGAAGAAAGCAUGCGGAUGGCGAUGACGAUGCGAACCGUUCGGCCCUGUUUGGGAAGAAGGGCUCUCCGGCGCCUUCGUCCGACAAUCCCUAUGCUCAAUCCCAACCCGCGAAUGACCCUUACAUGAACGAUAGCAACAAAUAUGCCCAUAUGACGCCUUAUCAACAAGCUCGCGCGCGUCUCCCCGAUCCUCAAACCAAUGGUCUACCUAACGGACCAUCUCCUCAGAACGGUCACGCUGCCCCACCAGCUCGUACGAAUAGCGGCUACUCUUCAACAAGUCCAGCACCUCCAUAUUCCGCUAAUGGCUAUACCAAUGAUAAAUAUGGCGCGCCGUCGGGCUAUGGCGCAAGUAAAUAUGGUAACUCGAACGGUUAUGGUGCUCGUCCGGGUGGCUACGGUGGACUUGGGCAGUCCGAUAAUAAUAAUGCGGACACCAAUAGGGAUGCGCUUUUCUCUGGAGCUCGUGAGCGGUUUGACCAGCGCCAGCCCAAUGGUCAAGAUACGUCUGGAGCUUCUGGCACAUCGGGAAUUGACUCUGGCAAUAAGUAUGGUGGAUAUGGAGAGCAGCGUGAACUUACAGCAGAAGAACAAGAAGAGGCCGAAAUCGAUGACAUCAAACGACAGAUAAAAGAAGAGAGGCUGGCUACAGUAGGGACGACCCAGAAUAUUGCACGUACUGCCGAUCAAGCAUUAGAUGUUGCAAUGCAGACCGUUGCUCGUCUUGGCGGACAGACCGAACGCCUUAACUACACCGAAACCCUUAUCGACAAGGGUAGCUUUGCAAGUAGAGAAGCUGAGCAGUCAACCAAGAAGCUCAAGAGUCUAAAUCGGAGCAUGUUUGCUGUUCAUGUAGGGAACCCUUUCACGGCGUCUAAAAGGCAAAGAGAGAUAGAGCAAAAGGCCCUGGAUGAGCAUCGUUCGGAGCGUGAGAUACGUGAGACAACACGUAAGGAAGGCUAUAUGGGAAACCAACGUAUGGAGGCUACAUUCAGAGAAGCAGAAGCCAGUGCGAAUAACCACGUCUGGAAGAAACAAAGUGCUGCCGAGAGGUCUAAGUAUGCAUUUGAGGAUGAUGAUGAUGAAGAGACGAAUGCACAAGAGGAUGAAAUUGAUGAAAACAUGGAGUUGACGGCCCGGAGACUCGCUUCAAUUAACCACCUUGCUCAUAACAUCAGCGAUAUAGUCGAUACCCAGAACAAGACCAUCGAUAGGAUCGGUAGCAAGAGCGAUAAAUUAAGCGACGAAACGGUGGUGCACACCCGCAGGCUUCAAACCAUCAGAUGAUUAUCCUUGAAGGUAUUGGUGGUAUUGUGCAUCUUCUCAUUGGACAAAAAAAUAUUGUUGGAUUAGCAAUGCUUCAAUAGUUUACGGUGGGGAUGAAUACAAUGGUAUUUAUCUUCACCUGACACUUCAUAAGGUUGACCCCUUAUGAGUAGAGUCGCCCCCAAGCAUCAUGCAUCAGAAUCAAGAUGAAUGCUUGUAGUAUAGAGUAAUGAUAAAACUUCGGUAUCCUCUCAGAACUGCGAGUGGAUUUGUAUGACAGUCUGUUUAUUUCGGGGCCUAUAUUGAGGAUCAGUAUUAUAUUAUAGUUGCAAUAUAGAAGCUUGGUAGUCUAAUAAUUACUUGCCUAUAUUCUG